AUGCUUAUGUACAUUGGUAGACUUUUGAGCAUUUUCAACAACUGGUAUGCACUCCAGCUUCCUGACAUCAGCAACUUCCGAGAAGUUCCCAACAACCAGGAAGUCUUUGCUGAUGCCAGCCGGGACGAGAGCAUAGUGAUCGAGCUUUUGGAAAUGAAGGCUGACGUGGCGGACGCCGAUUCGUCGAGGUGGUUCCUGGAGGAUCUGAUGCGCGAGCAGGAGGCACAGCCGGGCAGCGCUCUGGAAUCUGCUGCGCCCAUCCCGUCAGCGGACUGCCCUCACGUGGACCCCUCUGUUUACAAGAGCUAUGCUGUGGGCAGAAUGGUAAUGUGA